UCAGGGGUCCUACCUAGGGUGCCGCGUACCACCAUCUGGCUGUGCACAGCACAAGAAUCACCUGCCUUUGCCCAGACCAGACCAGACACAUGUUUGCUGGACGAACCUCCUCCCAGUGGUCUCUCUCCGUCAGCAUGGCCUCCUCUCUCCCCGCACUCGCGGUGCAGCAGUCUUCAGCAUGAAUUCUUCGCGCCCCUUCACCCGCGGCGCUAAUAACUUCUUCCGCCCUGCCUUCUCUCUCCUAAACAAUAAUUCCUCCACGCCGACCCAUUCCAAGAAGGACGACAACUAUCGCUACUCCGACUCUUCUCGCCGCAAGAAUUCCGCCAGCUCGCUCGAUGAUACAGAUCAUUCCGACGUCGAACAGUACGCCCAAAUGGACAAUUCCCGCAUGAGCCAUUCCAGCAGCCACUCGCUCAGCGAGCUGCAAGCUCCUGCAUUGCCGCUCAUUGACCUCAGCAGUCGCAGCACCUCCCCAUACCCGCGAUCCAGGAGCGCCGUCCAGAGUGAGGACGAGGACGACGAUUACUUCGAGCCCGCCGAUAGUAUUCGUCCUCUGGUCUCUCACAGUGUGGAUCGACGAGGGAGCCGUGGCACCUUCAGGGGCAUAUGGCGAGAGGGCGGACUGGGCAACUUUUUCUUUGGCACAUGGUUAGGAUGGCAAAUCUGGGUUGCUUUGCUAGUCUUUUGGGUAGGGGGAUGUAGCUUUGGCCUGCUACUGAUGAAUCGCUUCAUCAUCCUCACGGGCACAUACAAGUUUCCCUUCCCUCUCGCGCACAGCUACCUCCAACUCGUUCUUACACACUCUUUUAUUAUCAUCUUCGCCAGCAUUACACGCGGACUCGCGUCUCCACUUCGAACGCUGGGGUUCGGCGCGGCGGUGGCUCCUGCUCGCGCCUUUACCCCCACCAACGGAGGCUAUCGCGCACCCAACAAGCCGCAAUCCAUGCUGGUGAGGUUCGGGAGAUGGUUGACGAAUGGCUCUGGUGGCAUAGCUGGUGGUGGUCUUUUCGAGUUUGAUUGGAAAGUAGCGAAGCAGGUUUUACCGCUCGCUAUGACCUUUUCUAUGAAAGUCGUUCUUAGCAAUUUCUCUUUUGCCUACGCACCACUCCCCGUAUACCAAGUCGCCCGCAUUGGCGUAACCCCCCUCGCAUUCAUCUUCUCGUGCAUCCUCUCCAAAGAAAACCCCACGGGCUCAACCCUUUCCUCAGCCCUCAGCGCAACCCUCUUCCUCCUCUUCGCCAGCCUAAGCGCAAACGUCCGUGUAACCCAAGACUCCAUAGUCGCAGGCGUCUUCUCCUCCUUCUUCGUUGCCCUCUACCCAAUCCUCCUCCUCCGUACCUACCGCACUCUGGUCGCAGACCUCAUCCCGCAAGGCGAUAGCCUCGUCACCGGAUUUCCUUCCACCGCCGACGACUCCACAUCCCCCAACCGCGAGGAAACUCGCGCUUACUACCGCAUUUUACAUUACACCUCCCUGCUCUCCAUCAUUCUCCUCACCCCGCUCGUCCUCGUCUCCGGCGGCGUCGGCAGGAUAUUACAUAAUCUCCCCUUUCUUGACCUCCCUUGGUUCUGGUUCAUGGUUUGGUGUGGCACUAUGGGCAGUUUUGCAGUCUUCACAAGCACGUUGUUGCUCGUCAAAGCCACGAGCCCACUGACGACGACUUUCGUGGCCGUGCCGCGGACCGCGUGCCAGCUGAUGUUUGUCAAUGUGUUCAAGCUGCCUGGACAUAGCUGGACCGGGGUUGUGCUGUGUUGGCUUAGCAGCAUAUGGUUCUUGGUUUCGAGAAGGGAGGAAGGAAGGACGUUGGAUCGGUUGAGGUUGGAGGGACGUUAA